AUGAAAUAAAAUUAAUAGGGUAAGGAAUAAUUUACACAAGAGCUAGCUAUCUAAAAAAGUAAUAGCUAGUAUAACAAAGAUUUUUAAGAUGGUAAAUUAGAUAAAGCUUCUUAAGGUACUAACUAGAUCACUGAGUAGAAUAAAUUAUUAAGUCAUUAGAGCGAACAAAAUAAAGAUUCUAUAAGCCUAAGAGGUGAUAAUACUAACAAUCUAAUUAAUCUUUCAUAACAUGAGAAAUAGCUGGAUAAAUCAGUAAUUUAACAUAUAUAUGUUUAAGAUGAAGAAAUUAAGGCUUCUCGUAAUUAGCUGAUAAAUUAGAGAAAAGUGGUUUAACGAAAAAUUGAAACUUUUGAUAGAUUAGCAUAUUACAAAAAAAAAAUGAUUAAAAAAUCAAGAAAGCUUUAAAAAAGUUUAUAUAGCGUAUUGUUUAAAAGAAAAUUAUUUAGAAUAAUUUUGUUAUUGGCUAUAGAGGCUGUUGUUUUAGCAUUAAUAAUAGCAUUUUUCAAUAUUUUAGGCUAUAAUAGAGGUCAGAUUUAAAUUUAUGCAUCUGAUUAAGUAGAAAUUUAAGUAAAUAAAUGUGUUAUCAAAAUUAUUGAUUAUGAUAAUAAAGAUAAAAUUGAUUUAAAUUAUCUUUCAAGAGCAUCUCUACCAUCUACGAUUGAUGGGGAUAUACUUAUGGUAUAUUCAUUUCCAGAUAUUUAACCUUAUAAAAAAGAUUACUCAUUUUCAUAAUAAAACUCAAAAAAGACUUUUUCAUUCAGUAAUAAUGCAAAUUACAAAUCUUGUGAAAUCGCCUUCUAUGUAUAUCAAAAUAUUUAAUUGACCAAUCUAAGCAUCAAUUGUUAAGAAUAAUAAUGUGAUAUUUUAAUUGAUUCAUCAAAUAUAUCAUUCACUUCAUUAAGUAUAUAAGGACCUUAAGUAUAUCUUAAUUCACCAAAACUAAUCGCACAAAGUCUUUAAUUUCUGACCUUUUAGGGAAAUUUUGAAGUUAACAACUUCUAAUUUUCAAACGCAUCAGUUGAAACUUCAGAGGGAGAUAUAAUUGUACAAUCAUUAUAGGGGAUAACUGCAACUGUACAAUUAACAAAUAAAUAUUACUGCGUAUCAACAUAUUCUUUAACACCAAUUUAAAAUACUAUUACUAGCAAUCCAGCAAGCUGUACUAAUGUAUUUCCUUAUGGUACAACUGAUUAUGACCCAAAAAAUGUGAUAGCUGAGAGAUGCAUUUAAGGUUCUAUUACUAUUCCAUCAAAUAUAGGAGGAAACUAGAAUCUUAUUGCCAAAAAUACAUUUGGUAACCUCUUUAUAAAUGUGCUUGAAAAAAUAGGUUAGGCAGCUGAUUAGAUUCCUAAUGGGUAGUAUGUCUAUGAUUCAUCUGUUUAUGGUAAAAAUGGAGAUUAAAUAUAAUUUUCAACUAAUUCGUAGAGCAGGUUAAAUGAUUAAAUGGUGUCAGCAAGUAAUCCAAAUGUUUAUGAUCCAAUCUUUAUAAUGAGGUUUGGAUCUUCAUAAAUAGAGUCAAAUACUUACUCAUAGUGGCAACUAACUUACAACCCAGCAUAUUCAUACUUCAGGCCUUUUUGGUUAGGCACAUUGACUCUAAGUCUGUUAAACUCUUAAAGGUAUGAAAAUUAAUUUGUACUUGCCCCAGGAUUUUGUCCAUAUGUUAAUUCAUUGAGCUAAAAUAGGCUUAACACAGUUAAACAAUUGUUACAAUAAUAAUUUAAAUCAUAGCAAAAUUCUGCCUAUUUUAUUUUUUCUCUAGCUUGGUAGCCUUCAAUAAGCUUGCCACCAAUUAAAUUUACUUAAUCUGAUACCUACAGUAGUUUGAGAGAUACAUCUCUUAGUGAUAAUUAUGUUGACGAUUGGAUUUAAUUCAAUAAAAACAAUGAUGGUACAGUUUCAAUCAACUAUUUGAGUAUAUCUUAAAGCGGUAAAAAUUUUGUUUAUGUAUACAUUUAUAUGAAUGGAAUAAUUAUAAUUAAAGGUGUUUUAGAAGCAGCAAUAAUAGUUAGCUUUAUUUUAGCAUCUAUAGUAGGAUUAGUCUUAAUUGUUGGAAUAGUUUAUGUAAUAAAUGUGAACUAUAUCUAUUUACUGGACCACAUUUCUAAUAUAGAUAUCUAUUCUAAAAUCAUAGAUUCUUAGUAAAAUCAAAAUGAAAAAGGAAUCAACAGUGAUGAAGAAUUAGAAGAUUAAAAAGAGGAAGAAUUAGCGCAUCAGUAAGUACUUGAGCAAGUUAAAUAAAAAGAUGUUCUUAAGAUAGAGUAUACUAUCAAAGGAAUUCUUAAGCUAUUUUUUAAUUUAAUCUUAUUGUCUCCUCCUUUAAGUGCAUAUAUUGAUUAAGUUGUUAUACUGUUUUAUAAAGCUAGAUAAAAUUCAAUUAGCGAGUUUUAUAAAUUAUUAUUUAAAGAAGUAUAAAUUAAUGAAAAAGCUUCUGAUGAUAUAAUCCAUAAUUUAGAAAAAGAUUCUAUUGUAGGAUCUGAAUUGAAAGGACUUUAUGAAAAAUAUUGCUAUCUAAAUUAAGUGCUUGAAAGAAAGUUAGAUGAGGAAGAAAGUAUUAUUCAAUUGAGAAAAAGAGGCUUUAAAAUUAUGAAUAAAUAUGAUGCUCUUAUUUAAUCUUAUUCAUAUAUCAAAUAUAAUGGAAAAAUAGUUACUAUUUCUGAUACUUAAAAUAAAGAUUCUUUAUAACUUUUUAUAGAGUCUUCAUGCACUCUUACAAAAUUUCCAAAUGAUACAAUCGACUCAAUUUCAUUCGAAUAAUUUUACAGUGAUUUUUGUAUUAUGAAUCAUAUUCCUAAACAAUCUAUUAGUGAGGGUUAAUUGCAAAGAGAUUAUGGUGUUGAAACCAAAUAUGAUCCCCUUUAAGUCAUAGAAAGAGAUCCUAGCUAUAAUCUACUGAAUAAAAAGAAAAUGUUUAUUAUAGAUAAAAAAAGAGUAAAUAAUACUUUUAAAUUGCUACUGUCUAAAAAUCUCUAAGGAAAACAAUACCAAACAGAUGAAAUGGAAGAAGUUAAGAAAGAGUUAUUUUCUCCAGAUUUUUGGUGGUUUUAUGAUGCUGUUACAGUUUUAGCCCAUUUGGGAUCAGUAGUCAUAUUGGGAUGUCCUUUUAUUGUUCUAAUAAUCUUUAUUAGGAUGCUUCAAUCUAAUUAUUCUUCUGUUCCUAUUCAGAGAUUAAUAUACAGCUAUGAUAUAUUAGAAGAACCCUCAUCUAUACCGUAUAAAUUAAUGUCUGACAGCAAUGGUAUUGCUAUAAUUGUUAUCAUCUCUAUUAUAUUUUUAGUUCUUUCAUCAUUUGAUUUAGUUCAUUACUACAUCUUUAUGACAAUCCCUUAAGAAAGAUAAUUUUAAGAUUAUAAUAAAUCCAGCUAAGUCAGAAAAUUAGCUUCUAAGAUAAUGUGGGUGCUUGCUUUAUUAGUUUUGUAUGGAAUUGGUGUUUAUUUAAGCUUGAUAGGAACAUGGCUCAUUUUGAGUGCUAUUAUUAAUCCAAAUGCAUUCUUACCAUACGCCACUUCAGCUGCUACUUUUCUUACUUUAGUCGCAAGAAAAUACCAAAUGUUGAAAAGAAUAUUGGACCAAGGAGUUAAACUUUUAACAGAUUAUUUGAAAGGGUUAGCAGAGAAACAAUUUAAAGAUAUGCUCAAAAAAUUAGAUAUUGGAGGCAAGGUUGAUUAGCUUGUUCCAACAGAUUAAAUAAAAAGGCUAUGCUAGGAGGCAUCUUCUUAUGGCUUAAUUGAUCAAAAGUUAGCUGAAAAUAUAUAGGAUAAUAUUGAGAUGAUGGUUAGAGACCCUGAAGCUGUUGCUCAUCUAGGUAAUGAGGUACUAAAAAUUGCGCAAGAUCCUAAACAGUAUGCCUUAAGUAUUAUGGAAAAGUUAGAAGAAAAAGCUAAACUAUAACUAGAGCAGCAACUAAAAUAAUAUCUACCAAUAAUGGCUCAAAGUCUGACAUAAUUGCUAUUUUCAAUUUUAAGCAAUUAAAAAGCAAGAUUAAAGACAGAAUUAGGAACUGUUUUAUCAGACUUAAAUUUAGAGAUCCAAAACAAAUUUUAAAAAAAUGUUGAUAAAAAAAUUAUGAAUCAACUAGAAUUGUUGCAAGGUCCUAUCUUAAAAUUAUUAUUUGAGUGUUUAUCAUCAGACAAUCAAAAUAGGAAAUAAAAGGUAAAUGCCAUCUUAUAGUAAGUGAGUUACUAUAUAUCUUCUCUAGUUUUGUAAAAAUAUCCUUACUCUGAAGAAUAAUAUAACGCUUUUAAAUAAGCUGAGAGAGCACUUGAUAUUGAUGUGAAUAUUUAAAAAAAGAAAGGUGGAUAUGAUUUUAAGCAAUUGCUUUAAUCAAAACUCAAAGAAUUGGAUAAUAAUGUAGUCACUAUUAAUGAAUAAAUGGUCUAAAAAGCUAUAAAAACUAUCUUCGAAGGAAUGUAUAACAUUUUUAAUGAAGGAUUAAAGAAUAAUGUUGAAGGAAUGUUAAAAGAAUUUAUCAAGAUUUUGUAAAAAUUUUAAUCUAUGCCAGUUUAUGGUAAUAUCGAAGAACUAUCAAAGUUUGCUAAUUUAUUAAAUUUAGUAAUAGAAGCAUUUACUAAUUUCAAAUCAUUAUCAAGAAGUGAAAUUUUAAGUGUUCUUAAAAAAUUUAUUUAAGACUCUAAGAUUGAAGAUAAAUUUAAUAUCUGCUAAUUUAGUAUUAUAGACUUUUGUGAUUUCCUUCUUUUAAUUAUUGGUUCAUUUAAUUAAGAGCAAAAGACUCCUCAUGUAAACUAAAUCAGAGAAAUAUUUACUUCUAUUUUUAAAGAUACUAAAUUUGCUAAUUAAACUGAUAUUAAAAGAAUGUCUUCAAUAGUAGCUUUCUUCAUUUUAGGAUUUAGAAGUAACUUAUAAAAUAUACCUGUUGAUGUUAUUAAAGAUUUAUUUGAAUGGCUUAGAGAAAAAUUAAAAGAUAACGAGAGCGAAUAUAAGUUGAAUGAAUUUAUUAAACUUAUUUUAGAUAAUACAGGAAAUAAUAAAGGAAAUACAUCUUAAAAAAAUUUGAUUCUUAUAUAGAAUCUUUUAAGUCUGUUCGAAAAAAUAUACAACAACAAGAUAGGUUAAAUUGAAAACAUGCAAGUGAAUUCUCAAAGAAUCUACGGUGUAUCAAAAGAAUUUUCAAAAUUCUUUUUAAGCAUUCUAUUUUUCAAGAAUAAAAACUCCAUAAAUUAAUCUGAUUGGGAUAAAAUUAUCUAAUAAAAGCAUUUUUCAAUUAUAUGUUAAAAAAUGAGGAUGUCCCCAGAAGAUUUAAGUGGCUUAAUACAAUUUAUACUUAACCAAAAAACUAUGCCAUAGUAUUCAAGCUUUAUUAGAAUGAUUCAAAAUUAGUAUAAGAUUGAUAAGAAAGCAAUUAAAAAACUAAAUCAGAUAAUAAAUUUUGUGUUGUCUACAGACGAUUAUGAUAUAUAUGAAGUAUUCAGUGAAUUAGAUAUGGAAAAAAAUAUAGAGUUUAAAAUUUCAUAAAGUAAUAAGGAAACAUUAAAAAAAAUGCACUUUGAGGAUUUUAAGUUAAUUCUUUAAUUUCAUAGAGGUAAAUAUGAGUUUGACUAAUUUGAGUCUUAAAUUACAUAAGUAUUAGAAUUUAACUUUACUGAUUUUAAAGAAUAUAUCACUAAUAACGCUGUUGGAAAAAACAAAAGUACUUGUAUUCUAAAUUUUAUUAAAUAGAUUAAGUUUACAAAUUAGGCUCUUUCUUAUAUGAUGAAUAAUAUAUAACUUGGUUAAAUUACACACUAGCAAAUUGUGCAGCUAAUUAAAUUAUUGAAAAUAGGAGAAGAUUAAGGCGUAGAUAGUAAAGUUGCAAACUUAUUUGGAAGACUUGUAUCUUUGAAAAAUUUAAAUAUUGCAAACAUAACCUCAUCAUCAACUAUUUUCAAAGAAUAAGUAUAAAAUGUUGCCAGUAUUAUUAAUUUAGAUGAAAGAAUAGUUUAAACAUUUUUAUAGCUGAUAUUUUGCCCAGAUGAUAAAUUAUACGAAUCAUUAAAUGAUUGCUUUUAGAUGUAAAUUAGUGGUAUCAACUAUAACUAAUUUAUAAAUCAUUGUGUACAUAAUUUGAAAGAAAUAAAUGAUUAUUAAAACCAGCUUGCUAAAAUUAAUGAAAUAAUAUUCAAAAAUAAAAUACCUUUAGACCUACUUAAAAGCAUUGUAGUAGAUAUGCAGAUUCCUUAAACAAUAGAAACAGUUUAAUUCUUUUUAUAGCUUACAAAUCAAAAAAUUCCAAAAAGCAUUAAUAGUUUUGUUAAAUUUGUAUUUAAUUCCCAACAGUAAUCAGAAAAAUAGGAAUUUAUAAAAUUAAUAUAAUAAAAUGAAAAUAACUUUUUAGGUGUAUAAGGAUUAGUGGAUAUUUUUACAAGCACCAAAAACUCAGUCAAGCUUUAAGUUUUGCUUCAGUAUUUUGCUGAUUCAGAAAACGACUAUUUUUUGCUAAUAGCUUGUAUGUUUUGCUAUUUAGAGGGUAAAUCAGAUGGAAUACUUCUAAGAAUAUUUGAUGGACAGAAUAAUCAAAAUUAAAUAUUAAAACUUACUAUUGAGCAAUACUUGUCAAGAAAAUUAGAUAUUAAGAUAGAAUUUUUUUAAGCAUUCUAAGCAAUCUUUUGCAGCAAUACAUAAUAAUUUUCAUCUGCUUUUAUCAAGUUUUUUAGAUAAGUCGAUUAUCAAGAGCAGAGAUUAAUAAAGGAAGUCACAUAAAAAAGAAUUAAAGCAAAUUAAAUAGGUCCAAAUGAAUAAUCAGAUACAAAAACAAAGAUUUACUUGGAGAUUAUAAAAAGUAAAACAAAAACUACCUUUCAACAAAAUUAGAAUUAAUAGGAAAAUUUCAUUAAUAAUGUAACUGUUUCUGAUAAAGAAGUUGAAUAGUACAUAAAUUUAUCUAGAGGUUUACCAAUAAAUACAUCGUUCUUUAGUAGAGAACUCAAUAUUCCUUUAGAUGUUGUGGAAUUUUUUUAAUAUAUUUACUCAAUUAAAAGUGCUUCUGAUUAUCAAUCUAUUAAUAAAGUAUUUGAAGAAAUGAAAAAUAGCUCUUCAGUGAUUUAGGUUUUAAGAAGCAUAAACUUAGAUUUAAAAGAUCUUAAAAAUUGCAUUAAGUUAUUGUAUUAAAUGAUAGAAGUUCAAGAAGCUUAGUAGCUUUAAGAAUCACUUAAUUUACCUUCAACUGUUAACAUAGAAGCUUUGCAAAAUCUAUUGCUUCUUGAUUAGGAUUUUGAUGAUUCUACUAAUUUAGAAACAAAUAAAAAGAUGUUAACUAAUUCAUUAAACUAAAAUGCAAUACAUAAAAGUUUUGAAAUUAAAACUUAUUGGUCAUCUCUAAUUUUCUGCUUAACUAAAAACUUUGUUUUGCUUGAAGCUUUUGUUAAUAAAAAUAAUUUACUUAAAUUAGCUUUGAGUGGUAAUCCAUAAUUGUUGUCAAUAUUCUAAGGGUUUAUAGGGGUUAUUUAAAAGAGACAAUGUGAGCUACCUAUUGAUAAAAUUUAUCAAGAUAUUUACUAACUUUACUAACGAGAGAUUAAAAAAAAAUAAAAAGAAGAAAAUAAUUAAGACUAUUUAGAUUAUUUUGGGGAAGACGAUGAUGAUGAUGAAGAAUUGAAUGACAAUAAAUACUAGUAAUCAGAAGAAAAAAAUAAAUCUGUAAUAGAAAUUGAAAAAUCAAAUAAAUUUGAAUAUGCAUUGUAUUUACUAUAUAAAGAACUUUAGUUAAGUCCAGUUUGGAUUUUGCUAAUGUCAGGAGAUGUUUUUGCUUGGGAUUACUAUAUAUUAAGAUAUUAUUACACAUAUAAAUACUAUAAAGCUUAUUAGAUCAACCCAGUAAUAUCUCUUAUAUUAAUCCUCUAGCUCAGACAGACUGCAACUAUUGUCAAAGAAUUCAUCUCUUAUCUUGAAUACUACAUACAAAUAAAUAAAAAAUACUCUGAAAAAGGCGAAAGCUAAGAAUACUAAUAAAUAGGCAAUAAAAUUCUUGAAUUUUAAGGAGAAUAUCUUUAUAAUUUAAUUAUAAAAAAUGCAAGCAAAGCAACUGAGUUAGCUUAAGCUUGUCAAUUCCCUUAAAUAAUAUUAAAUUCUAUUGCAGAAGAAGAAUUUAAUACAAUUACAGAUGAAAAAGAGAAAAAAAAUUAUUCAAAAAAUGAUAUCAAUAAAUUAUUUGAGAGAGCAGCUCAAAAAUACAUCGAAGAAAUUGAGAAAAAUAAGCAAAGUUACUAUGAUUUUAUUCAUGGUUUGUAUUUUGGUGUUGAUAAAAUUUGCUUUAGAUAACCAAAAAAUGUAUUAAAAAAAAAAAAAAAUCUUAAUUUAUCUUAGAGUCUUGAAUCAAACGGAGUUGUUCAUCUCCUUUUGAUAAGCACAUUAACAUAACUAUAAGAUAGCUCAAAGUUUAUAUUUUCAUAUAACGAUAAAGGAUAAGAUCAUCUGAUAUAAGUCAGCUAUGAAAUAGAUUUUCUAUUAACAACUUUUGAUAUCUUUUUUUUUAUGAAGUUGUAAAAUCCUAACUUUUAGAAAUUCUAUAUGCAUCCAAUCAUUGGUUUAUGCUGCGGAUUUAAUUUAGACGGGAACGAAAUUUUAUCUCAUUCUCCUAUACCACCAAUAGCUAAUCCAGAAUUUAGAAGCAUGCUUAUUUUUUAGAGAAAUCUUGAAGAUUUGAACAAUUAUAAAAUGAAUUACAUUGAAAGUAUUUUUUAGGAUUUUGGUUAGAUUGUUUAAGAAAUAGCAAAAGAAGAUCCUUUACUUAUUCUUUAAAAGCCUUCAUAAUAAAAGAUAAAAAGGUUUAGUUCAAAUUUUUUCUCAGUCUUAAAUUUUACUGUAAGAACGGAUAAAUCCAAAUAAUAUAUGGAUAGAUUAAUAGAUGAGUUUGACUCGUUUAUAGAAUCGCAAUACAUGAUCAGUCCUAAUAAGAAAUUUUUUAAAUUAAAUUCUCUUAAAAUAGAAGAGUAAAAUGAAUCUAUAAGUAUAUCAAGCGAUGCAUUAGCAAAAGAAGAAAACUCCUAUUUAGAAUUUGUAUAAUCACCAAAUGCCUCAACUCUUUUGGGAUUUUUUAAAUAGGACUAUGAGUGCCUAUAUACAAAUAAUUUUAUGAUACAAAAUUAUCAAGAGGAUCUAAAAUUAUUUGUCAACAUACUUUAGCUUUCAGGCUCGUUAUGGUCUUCAUUCAAUAAAAAGAUUGAUUAAGAAACAUUUAGUAGAUAAAUCGCAUAAGUUACUUAAUUUAUGAAUAGCAAUAAAAAAUCUAUUCUCCAAAUUACUUCAUUAUUUUUUGACACAACUGAAUAUGAUUUAUCUACAAUUAGUGAAAGUAUGAACAUAAGUCCUAAGUUACUGAAGAAUUUUGCUAAAGUUUUCUUGGAUAAAUAUAAUUUUGAUGUAAAAGAUUUUGAAUAGCUUCUCUCUCAAACUAAUUACUCUGAAACUAAUAAAACUGUCAUUAGGAAUAUAAUCAGUAUUAAUAAUGGCUGGCUUGAUACAAUGAUGGAGCUUACAAAAUUUUCUCCUCUCUUUUAGUAUUCAUAAGGCUAUUAAAUUUUCUACUAGUUGCUUUACUCAUUUGAUCAUUUGAGUAUAUAAAGCUAAAAGACUGAACCUAAUAAAAUAAAUAUAGCAAACUUAAUUUUACUCUCGCCAGAUAGUCAAGAAAAUAGAUUAAUGUUGUAAAAAAUAGUUUUUAGACUAUGUAAAGAGGUUAUUAAAGAAUAAGUUAAAAAAGCAAAAAGUAAAAAUGAUUAAUUAUUUGUAUAAAAAUAUUCUCAUCUUCUAGAAGAAGAAAAAAACAAAGAGAAAAACGAAUUUAUGAUCCAGGCUAUGAAUAAUAUCAUUGAUAAUUCGUGGAAGUUCUUAUUCGAAAAAAAAGAAGAGCUCAUAAACUAAUUUAUGAGUUAUGCUUUUAAUUUAUCCGAAAACUAAGUUAAGCUUUUUAAAGUAUUGACAAUAUUUAAACCUAAUUUGCAUAAAUUACAGCAGAAAGAAAUAAAUUCAAUUAUUUAAGAUCCCUCAAUUAAAAAAGGAUUUGAGACUCUUUAGUAAUUCGGACUAAUUCAAAAAGAUAUUAGAAAAUAAUAUUUUGAUUUGAUACUUGGUAUAACAAGUUAGAGAGGACUCUUAGCUUUAAAUUCUUUAAUUUCGCUAUAAGAUGCUGACAAAGUUUUUGGAUAAAACUCUUCAAAAAUUUUUAAUGAGGAGGGAGAAUAAGAUUAAAUAAAAAAUAAAUAUUAAAAUAUACAUUCUAGUUUAAUUUUAAAAUCUCUCUAUUUGUGGAAAAAAAUAUCAGCAACUAAUUGUACUCAUUAGAAACUUAAAGAUGAGGAGAUUCUAUAAUAAAUAGCUAACACUUUAACAUUUUUAACAGCUCAUAUUGUUGAUAUAUUGGAGUCUAAAGCUAAUGUAUAAAACAAUAAUACUAUUUCAGUUUCUAUGGAUAAAGGAGAUUAUAAUUACAAAAACCUAAUUAAGCAAUUUAACUCAUAUUUAGAAAAUGCAUCUUAUGAUAUUUCAUUUAUUGAUGAUCUAGAAGUAGUUAAAACCUCCGAUAAAACUUCAAUCGCGAAUGUCGUUUAGAGUUAUUGUUAUUUUGCUGACUAAUUAUCUUCUACCGAUAUUUCUAGUUAUCUUACUACAUUUUUUAUAGCUGAUAUAUACACUGUUAUUGGAAAAAAACACCCUAUCCCUGAAUUUAUGAUGUAAAUUCUCGAAUUCUUUAUUCAAGGAUAGAAUGCUCACGGAUUUGAAAACUACUUUUUAAGCACAGACUAAAAUAGCUUUUUUUACUAGUUAUUUUAAAAAGAUGGACAAUUUGAUGAAACUUCUAAAAACUUUUCUAAGUUUUUUUAUUAUUUUACUAAAAUUAUUUUGACUUAUUAAUUGCAAAUCAGUAAAGAAGAAAAAAAUAAAUAAUUAAACUAAGAUUUCUUAAACUUUUUGGAAACAUGUUUCAAUAUAGUUACUAAUACAGGUGUACCAUAGUUUUUAAAAGAUGCAUUUAACAUUUUAUAAUCUGGAGAAACAAAAAAUUCAGAAAAGAUUCUAAAAGAUUUAAUCUACUUUUUAGUGAAGAAAUCAUAAUUAAAAGAAUAUUUAAAUAUUAAUAAAGAUGACAAUUAAAUAAGUCAGAAAUUUUAUUUAAUUUUCAAAUUGCUUUUGACAAUAUUUAAUAGUCCAACAAUAACCUUAUAAGAUUAGACUAUAGUUCAAAGUCUUACUUAGUUAAUUCUUAUUGCUGGAGAAUAAUUUGUUAGUUAAGAGUUAGUAAAAAGUAUGAUUGGGCUUAUUUAGGGAGACAUUUCAAAUAUAUUUACUUUAAUUGGCUAAUUUAAUCUAUUAAAUUAGAAUGAUUUAAAAACAGUUUAAGAAUUUGUUUCUAUGACUUAAAAAUUAGCAGUUUUUCAAAGCCGUAGCUCUCUAGAAUAAAUUAAAAUUACUCCUUAAAAAGUUUUAGAUGACUAAACGAAAGAUAUUCUUAAAAGAUUAAAUGAAGGAAAAAUAAAUGUUUAGGAUAUUUUCAGAGCUUUAGUAAGUUAAGAAGGGUAGAAUGGUAUGAUUAAUAUUGAUACAUUUUGUACUUUCAUAAAUAGAAUAGGUAUUUAUCUCAGUUAACAUAGAGCGAAUGAAAUUUUUGCUAUUAUCAAAAAGACAGGUACCCUUUCAAGCUAAAAGUAAUAAUUCUUACUAAGUGAGGAAGAAUUUGAAAGGGCUUUUGAGUAUGUCAAUACUAAAAAAAUUAGCAUGUCCUUAGAAAAAUUAGGAAUAUCUGCUGCUUUGUUAGCAUUAUCUCUAGGCACAUUAAUAUUAAUACUUGUUUUAUUAUUUGUGUUCAUAUUUUUAGGGAUUCAAGCCUUUACCUUAGGUGGAACAUUUGGCGCUAUUAUAAACUCUAUAAUUCCUAUGGCUGCUGCAACAGGAGCAGCUUCAUCUUAAGAAGAUAAAUCCUCAAAUUUGAACGAAAAAAAUAUUUAAAAUGUUAUAAAAGAGACAGAAUAAAUUUUGAAUUCAAAAUAACUUUGA